AUGUAGAGAUUAUAAAAGAUCUCAGUUGAAGUCGGUGAUCCGAAGGUCUAAUCGGGACUUAACAAGUACACAACUUAUUCAGUUCGAGGAAUGGAUAAGAAUGGAUAAUUUGAUGUGAUACGAAGGUUUAGCGAUUUCAGACUUAUUCGUCAAUUCCUCAUAACAAAGUGGCCUGGUUGUUACAUUCCACCACUUCCACCACGAAAGGCAAUUGGAAAUAUGGAUUAGAAGUUCAUAGAUGAUAGAAUGCAUUCAUUAUAAGAAUGGAUGAGGAUUAUGGCUCAAUCCAAGUACUUCUGGUAUUCUGAAGAAUUCCAGUUAUUUAUAAAGGCCAAUGGAGAUAUUGAAAAAGCGUUGACCUAAGUGCCCAAAUUGACAUACGAUGAGAUCAUCAACAAAUACCAAGACACAUUCACUGAUCUUUCAGGAAGAGAAAUCAAUAGAGAAUUAAUCCAAAAGAUAACAGAUUUUCAUCAAUUUCUAAAAAGAGUAAAUCCAAUGGUUGAGAAUUUUAAAUAAAUUGCUAAAAAUAUUGCAGAAGCAAGACAUAAUUUUUAAGAAUAAAUGAUCAAUUUCCUUUAAAUUCAGUUACCUAAUUAUGAGUAGCAAGUGUUGCUCGAAUUUAGCGAGAGUCAAGAUAAAUUGGUGAUUUUGAACAUCUAAAAGGAUGAAUACCCAGCUAAAUUAUUAAAUAAUUACCUUAAUUUAUUGCAAUAGAAUGAAUUUCAAUCAUUAUUUUAAGAAAUUAAGAAGGAAUCAAAGUAAGUGAGAGCAUUCUUGGAGACCAUGAUUUAGAGAGAGAAGUAUGAAUAAUAGAAGGUGGUUUAUGAAUAGAGAUAAAAAGAACUUUAAAUUUAAUUGUAAGAAGUGUUAGCAGGGAAGUCUUCAAUAAAGAACAUAUUUAGUACAUCAAAGAAGGAGGAUCAAAUAGCUAAAUUAUAAGUUUAGAUUGAUUAAGUGUGUAAGGACAUUGAAAACAUGCAAUUUAUAUGUGAUAUACUCACUGUUUUAUUGGGAUAUAUAGAGAUUGAUAAAUUCAAGUUGGAGAAGUAGUAGAAUUAUUAUAGAUUGGCAAAGAGCUUAAUUCAAUAUGAAGUCCAAUUGAGCCAGGUAUCUGAAGAGUUUUGGGAGAGAGUCUAAUAAAAUUAUAAUUUAUUGUGA